CACAGAGAGAGAGAAAACGGGGUGCCUAUUUUCUUGCUCGCGCUUGCUUCUUUCGUCCGGAGCAAUCGCUGACUCUGCCCUUAACAAACAUGGCGGCGUCGGCACCACUUCCUUUUCUCAAGCGGACGAGGCAGUGGGGUGGGGAUAAGGCUAACCCGGAAGGGGUGGCGAUCUGGUGCUUGCUGUGCAGCUGCUUCUGCUGCUGGGUCGGGGAGAGGCAGCUUGGCCGAGCCGGGCGCGCUCUCCCUCCUGGGUGGAUUUCUCGGGUGGGCGUGAAGAACUGGCUUCCUUGCCGUGCUGAGGGGCUGGGCUGUGGAGGGAAGAAGAAGGCGGAGCUGGUGUCUGAGAGCGAGAGCAGCUCCCGGCCGCCUCUGGGUUAGUAGGGUGGAGAAGGACGGGAAAGCCGCCUUGAGCCUCCCCCCUCUCGGUCUCCUUGCGCCGGAGCAUCCUUCUCUGGGCAGGGUCGAAGAAGAGCCGCCGCCCCGACUUCCUCCCGAGGAGACCGGCGCGAAGCCCUUCGCCUCCCCAAGCACUUGUUUACACGUCCCGGAGAGCUCGGGCGAGCCUGGCUACGCCUCCGCCUCCGGCCGCCUUCCUCGCCGGCGUCGCUGUGAGCGAACUCUCCCCUCCCGCCAUUGAGAAAAAAACACGUUUUUGUCUUCUGCCCGGCGCUCUCUGGCGUCUCGGCUCCGACUUGCCCUUGAGGAAAAGUUUCCUUCCAGGCUACUGCUGAGGAUUGUCCCUUUGUGAAAGGGGGUUGAUGACAUUUGUGUUGCCUUUUGGCCUGCCCGGCUGUGGCACUCGUGCAGCCCUGACUUGCCACCUCCCACCCCGGUGGGCGGGGGUGGUUUCGUUUCUCCGGCCAUGCAAAGUGGGGAGCCCAUGCCGGCAGCUACGGUUACCGCGAUGAAAGUGUCGGAGAGCGAAGGCAAGCUUGAGAUCUUGCUCCCAGCCCAAAACUGCUCCAGCAAGUCUAGCAGCAGCAGCAGCAGCGGUGGGCUUAACAGCAGCCGAGGAGGAAGCAGUAGCAAAGUGUGGCAAUACAGGAAUGAAAGCCAGCUGGAUGACCUGGUCUACUCACUCUCUCUGGACCCAACACAACUCAUAAGUGAUCACAUGGAAAACAUUUCUGGCUAUUUAAUGAAAUAUACAAAUCUUGUAACAGGCUGGCAGUACCGGUAUUUUGUCUUAAACAAUGAAGCUGGUCUCCUAGAGUAUUUUGUGAAUGAACAGUCCAGAAACCAGAAACCUAGAGGUACCUUGCAGCUGGCUGGAGCUGUGAUAUCCCCUAGUGAUGAAGAUUCUCAUACCUUUACAGUGAAUGCUGCAAGCGGAGAACAGUAUAAACUGAGAGCUACAGAUGCAAAAGAAAGACAGCAUUGGGUCAGCAGGCUUCAGAUAUGCACACAACACCACACUGAAGCAAUUGGAAAGGUACUGUCUGUAACAAACACUAACAAUCCUCCUCUGAAAUCUCGCAGCUUCUCUCUGGCAUCUCAAGGAAGUGGCUCUCCUGGUAUGCAGAGAAGACCCAGCCAAAACGCAGCUUCCUUUUUCAGUGUUGGCCAUCACAAGUUGUCAGCUGGGAAGAGAAUUCCCAUUCUGCAGCCAGAUCACUUAAUCGAUGUACGAGAGAAGAUGUCUCAAGCUGAAGGACAGCAGAGAGAUUUGGUAAGAAGUAUUGAAUGCCUUCCUGCCUCCGGUCAUCUUUCCUCCUUAGACCAAGACCUACUGAUGCUCAAGGCAACCUCGAUGGCAACAAUGAAUUGUUUAAAUGAUUGUUUUCACAUUCUCCAGCUGCAGCAUGCAUCACAACAAAAGGGAUCCUUAUCUACUGCAACAACAAUCAGCUGGUUGGAACCAAAGAUUUCUUUGCCAAAUCACUUCAAAAAUGGAGCUGAUCAGGAUUUCCCUGCAGAUCAAACGAAGCCAGCAUCAGUCAGACAGGAACAGUCCAGUUCUGAAUCUGGUCAACUAAUUAUGAAUUUAUCCCAGGAACCAGAGGAAAUAAAUCCAGAAGAUGAGUUAGAAGACACAUGUGAGAAUAAAGAGGAUGACCUUGGAGCUGUGGAAGAACAGCGCAGUGUUAUCUUGCACCUUCUUUCUCAACUCAAACUUGGCAUGGACUUAACAAGAGUGGUUCUUCCCACUUUUAUUUUAGAGAAGCGCUCUUUAUUGGAAAUGUAUGCCGAUUUCUUGUCCCAUCCAGAUCUGUUCAUUUCCAUUUCCAAUGGCACAAGUCCCGAGGAGAGGAUGAUCCGUUUUGUUGAGUAUUAUCUCACUUCCUUUCACGAAGGACGCAAAGGGGCAAUUGCCAAAAAACCGUACAAUCCAAUCAUCGGAGAAACCUUUCACUGUUCGUGGAAGACAAUGAAGAGCGAUGUACUGAACGGCACUAAUAGUAACUCUUCCUCUCAUUCUGCCUCUGAGCAAGUGCCUGUUUCAGAUGAGAGCCAGGCUCAAGAAGAGUCCGACUCGUACACUGUCCGAUUCGUUGCAGAACAAGUGUCUCAUCAUCCUCCAGUCUCAGGGUUCUAUGCUGAAUGUGUGGAGAGAAAGAUGUGUGUUAACGCCCAUGUUUGGACAAAAAGUAAAUUCCUAGGCAUGUCAAUAGGAGUCACCAUGGUUGGUGAAGGUACUUUGAGUCUUCUGGAACGUGGAGAGGAAUACACAUUCUCCUUGCCUUGUGCAUAUGCUCGAUCAAUUUUGACAGUCCCCUGGGUAGAACUGGGAGGGAAAGUCAGUGUUAAUUGUGCAAAAACUGGAUAUUCUGCAAGUAUUACGUUUCAUACCAAGCCUUUCUAUGGUGGCAAACUUCACCGGGUCACGGGUGAGGUGAAGCAGAAUGCUACUAACACAGUGGUUUGUAAAGUACAAGGUGAAUGGAAUAGUAUCCUUGAGUUCACUUAUAGUAACGGAGAAACUAAAUGUAUGGAUUUGUCAAAGUUGUCUGUGACACGGAAAAGGGUGCGGCCCAUAGAGAAGCAAGGGCCAUUCGAAUCCAGGAAACUCUGGCAACACGUGACAGAGUCCUUGAGGCAAGGGGACAUUGAAAAGGCCACAGAGCAUAAGAAAGUCCUUGAAGAACAACAGAGAAAUGAGGAGAGGCUCCGGAUGGAGACAGGCACCCCAUGGCAGACAAAAUAUUUCGUUCAGGAUGGAGAUGGCUGGGUUUAUUAUAACCCUCUCUGGAAAAAGAUGCCUGCAGUACAAAAUCAUGAAGUGGACACUAACUAGAUGCAUUUCUUCAUAAUAAUAAUUCUUCUCUUUUGUCUAAUCUGUACAACUUCCAAAAUGCUGUACCUUGACUAUGAGUCCUUUUGGAUUUUUAUACAAUUGCACAAAAAUUAAAUAAGCAGAAAAAAGAAUAAAACUUCUAGGGCACUUUAAAGUUGUAGAAAAUCAAAAGGUAGGUGAAAGGACAUUUCCGGCUAUGUUUCUACUCCCUCAUUUAAAAACCCUACAACCUUAUUUGGCACACAACAUUUUAUUUGGACAUUGUCUUUUUAAGCACACUCUGCAAAAGCUGCCUAAGAUUUCUUUUUUGAAUAAAACAAAACAAACCAACUUAGCUGCAGAGGCAUUGAGAAUUGGCUAGGCUACUUUGCUCCAAUGGAUAUACAUCCGGAAUAAAACCCAAACAGUGUUUUUAAAAUCGGGGGUUCAGUUUGCACCCAUUUCUGAACUACUUUAGUGCUCCUGUAAAGAGAAGCCACCUUUUUGCUGCUUCGAAUUACCUUUGCUGAAAAUCAUGAAGAGGAGAACUUUUCAUAGAUCUAACCUUGGAAUCAGUGUUAUGAGAUGCCUGGAUGAGAACUUGAUACUACUUUUUUAAAGCUGUUUCUUGGAGGCAGUGCGUGCAUAGUUGUGGAAUAAUGGGGGAUUCAUGUAAGCUACAACAUAUUUAAAACAUUGUAGUGUAGAUUAGAAUUGAUUAAGGGGUGUUUUUUUCCUCCUGUCUGUAAAAAAAAAAAAGACGUGGAAGAGAAAGAUGGGGCAGAGGGUAAAAUUCAGACCAAUUUCCAUUAUUUUUCCAGCCUCAUUUCUUUAGUGAGGUGUUUGUAAUUGUUUCACACUGUAAAUACCAUGAAAAUAUUUAGUCUCCUCAUAAAAGAAGAUUGAGACUUGAAUUAUGCAACUUUUUUUUUUUAAAUAAAAGGUUACUUCCUUUAUCUCUCUGCCCCCCUCUCUCUCCUUGCAUCUGCAAAACAGAGUUAAUGUUCUGAGCUGUCCGGGCGAGUAAUUUCAUUUCUCUGUUCAAAGUCAAGCAUUUGUAUGUGCCCAUCAAGUAGAAGGACUGUACCUUUAAUUUUUCUAUAGUACCUGAAAAGGCUUGCUUUUUUUGCUAUGGGGGUGCAUACAAAACCAAAUGCAAUCUGAUACCAGGAACCCAUGGUCAGGUAAAUGUACCCCUUGUCUUUUAUAUUACCAAUAUUUUAUUGAAGUCCAAGAAUUGCUGGCAAUUAAGAAUAGUACUGAUUUAUGGCUUUCAUUCUUAUUACUAUGAGCUACCUUAAUUUUUCUAAGAGUUGUGCCUUAUUCUAUUUCUUAUGAUGUAGUCUUCCAAUCAGUGUAUAUACCAUAGUCAACAAAAAACAGCCCCUCCCUUCCAUCAUGAAAAUGUAUGUGUAUGUGUGUUUGUCAAGUGUUUUUAUUUUUCUUCCAUACACAGGGACAUAUUAGUAUAUUUAACUACCCACGUGUGGUUUAAUAACCACACUUACGUUUCACAAAGGCUAAAAAGAACUCAGAGGAAUGAGCUGCAUAUAGGUUGAUAUUCCCUUGUAUUUCUUUUUCUUUUUAUUGUGAAAUGCAUUGAAACCUUACUGUGAGUUGUGUAUGAUACCAUGUGUGAUUAAUGGGGAGGGACGGAAAUAAAAUGAUCAAAA